AUGACAACUCGCAUGCUGAUCAGUAUGAUUUUAAGGUCUUCAGCAAGGCAUUCCAUCGUUUACAAAGGCUCUUUCGUGGGUUUAAUUGCUCCUAAUGGUUGCCAAGCCUACGAACCGUCGGGCUUCCAGUGCGAAAUCGGUUUAUUUGAAGAACAACAACAGGCCGAUGACAUUGAAGACCAACAGGCCUACAGCAUAGAAGAGUCGAAGCGAAAGUCAGAGCAGGACAAAUUGCUCGAUCUGGCGGAGAAGAAGAAAGCCGAUACACGAAGACGCAUCGGUGAACUUCGACUCAAGUUCAAGAGGUUGAAGGAGCAGAACGACAAACUGCCGGAUCGAAUCCGCUUGCACAAAAAAGCUGUACAUCAAGUUGGGAACACAAAGUCUCAAACUCAGUCUUCUGGGGUUUAG